ACUCGUUCAUCAAUCAUAUAGAAGAUAGAAACCAUUGUUAGGCAGCACAACACGGAUAAGGAACAAAGAGGAAAUGGAAAACGAGGUAGAAGAAGGAAGCGAUUCAGAGUGGAGCGAGUUGACUCGGGAGUGCCUCAUCAACAUCCUCUCUCGACUCACCGUUGACGAUCUAUGGCGAGGCACCAUGCUUGUCUGCAAAUCAUGGUUCAGCGCCUUCAAGGAACCCUCUCUUCACUCUGUCUUCAACCUCGACCCCCUCUUCGACUCGCCCCGCGAGUUGCCUCGCUGGUGGUCCCCCGAAUUCGAGGCCAAAAUCGAUUCCAUGCUUCGCUCUGUUGUUCAAUGGACCCAUAUCUUCCUCACCCAGAUCCGUAUUCGUCACUGCUCUGAUCGCUCCCUCGCUUUGGUCGCCGAAAGAUGCCCAAAUCUUGAGGUGUUGUCAAUCAGAAGCUGCCCUCAUGUUACUGAUGAUUCUAUCUCUAGGAUUGCUGUUAAUUGUCCAAAGCUUAGGGAAUUGGACAUCAGCUAUUGUUAUGAUGUAACACAUAAGUCAUUGGCUCUGAUUGGAAGAAAUUGCCCCAAUCUUAAGGUUCUGAAGAGAAAUCUCAUGAACUGGCUUGAUCCUUCUCAGCACGUUGGGAUUGUUCCUGAUGAAUAUCUAAAUGCUUGUCCGCAAGACGGGGAUACUGAGGCUGCUGCAAUUGCAAGGUCCAUGCCUCAUCUAGAGUGGCUUGAGAUUAGGUUCUCCAAGUUGUCAGCUAAAGGCCUCAAUUUGAUAUGUCAGAGGUGUCCUAACCUUGAGUUUUUGGAUCUUUCCGGGUGUGCUAACUUAACUAGUCGAGACAUUGCUAAUGCAUCUUCCAGUUUGGCACACUUGAAAGACAUCAAAAAGCCUAAUUUCUACAUUCCAAGGUCUGUCUUUCACACUGAAAGGUAUGGACAUUGGCAAUUGUAUGAUGAGAGAUUUCAGACAGAUGUUUUCCGAAUUUGAGCAUUGUUACGAAGAUUAAUCCAAGAUGUAAACUCUGCAAUCGGCAUGUCUGUCCCUCGUCCUUCACUCGUCUAGUCCGGAAAUCUGAAUAAGAUUUUUACUGUGAUUGUUACUGUUAAUUAUAUAUGUAGAAAAUUUGAUAUUUGUCUUUGUAAUUGCUGUUGUAAGUUGUUUGUCUUCCAUGUAUCUGCAAUGUAUUUAUGCAGAAGAUCAUUUGUCUGAAAUUCUCACCAAUCACAAUGGAUCUAUUUGCCUAAUAAUUUUGUAAUUAUUUCUUUCUUC